AUGGGAUUGCAUCCCGAAAGCCCCCUCUACAGUUCAUUGACCAGGCGUUCCUCCAAAACCGUCUGGGCAUUAAUGAAGAAGGUUGAAGAAUACUGCAAAGUCGAAGAUGAUGCCCUUCACAUCAAAGCCGGACGUAAAGCCGUUGAGACGGCCACGUCGGGAGUUAUUCAGCCGAUUAGCUCCAUGCCUCCAAGAAGCCCCGAAUGGCGGAAUCGACCCAAACGAGACAAAAGGCAUGAUUCACGCCGAUCAACUGACCAAUGUCCACAACGAGCUAAUGAACAAUACCAAGUGGAUAACAGGCGCACAAGGCAUCCGGGCAAGAAAUACACAGAGCUGACAGUGCCGAUCAAUAAGAUUCUGUCAAAAAUACAACACCUUUCGUUCUUCAAGUGGCCGCCCAAGAUGACGGGACCCUCCGAUGCGAGAAGACAAGAUAAACAAUGUAAGUAUCAUAAAGACCGUGGUCACGAUACUGAUAGUUGUUUUUUUUUAAGAGAUCACCUGGAAGAAUUGGUGCAAGACGGCCGUCUUACGCAAUACAUCCGAAAAAAUAAUUUAACAAAUACAGUAGCUCUAUGGCCGGAGUCACCUCCUCUUGGUGUAAUCCAUAUGAUAUACAGCUUGCCGGCACCACCUGAGGUGCACACAAUCCAGUUGCUGUUUAGCACACAUAGCUCAAUGACGCCAGCGAAACGGCCACACGACAUUAGAAGGAUUAGUUUCGAUGACAGUGAUUUAGUUGAAGUGACCCACCCCCGCAUUGAUCUCCUCGUCAUCGAGCUAUGCGUAAAUAGAUUCACCAUCGAGUGUGUCCUCGUUGACCAGGGCAGCACUUCGGAGAUAAUGUAUUACAAAACUUUUCUCAAACUUGGUUUUACCGAUUCGGACUUAUUUUCGGUUGAUUAUCCGUUAUUGAGCUUCAAUGCUAACCCGGAGUACCCUUUGGCCAAGAUCACACUACCUGUACAGGCCGAAACCAGAUCAGUAGGCGUAGAGUUUCUGGUUGUUAAGCUCCCUUCGCCGUAUAAUCUGAUCAUGGGCAGAACUUGGUUACAUACGAUGUAA